AACUUAGGUAUAGAUGGCAAAAUUAGAAAAAAGUUAACCUCAAAAAGCUAUUUUGAACUCAUUGUACUUAUUAGAAUUUCAUAGAAUGAGCUUACUAAAAGUAAAAACAGCUCCUUUUCUACUUAUAGAAGAUGAAUUUACAAGCAGUUCCAGCCCGAAUCCUAUGAUAAAUACACAAGUACUAAAUGUUCUGUGGUUAUAGAUUCAGUGAACCAAAUGGUCCUGGCUUUAGGAUGGAAAGCAUGCUUGAAAUACCUGAUUAAGUUGCAAAGAGAUCCUAAUGUUGGACAACUUAUCGCUAUUCUCCACAAAGACUGUCUCACACAUUCGUCCAAACUUCAGGUCCACUUAAACCACAUUGCCAAUGCAAUAAUUUCUUACAAUUCAGAAAACCACUCCAAAAUUUCAAUAGUUAUUAGAAAAUCUGGCAAAUUUUACAGAAGUGAAGAAUUAUUAUCAUAUGAUAACAAAACUAGAACAUUAAAAUCCAUUCCAAUCAUAAAAGAAAGUAAAAAAUGUGAGGAUGAGCCAGCUAGACCUUCACCAAGCAAUCUCACCACUUUCAAGAUAGAAAUGGACCAAUCGGAGAAACUUGAGAAGUAUAAACUGAAGCUGCCAUACAUGAGCAAGAUCAAUGAAGGAGAGGGCAAGGUGUUCUAUGAGCCAGAUGCUGUGGACGACUGGGAUGAGGAGGACCCUGAUGAAGAUCUUGACAUCUAAUAGUUUAAAACUAAUUGUAAAUAUAUUUAUAAGAAUAUAAAUACCUAUCUAAGUUA